AUGUCUUUUCCGCGCUGUUUCUUAAGAGAGAGACGCAUCACGCCCGCCACCCUCGUAACCGCAGCUGUCGUCGGCGCCGUCGGCUUCUACUCCUUCCGACGCGUUUUCACUUCCGACGCCCACGCCGAAAGCCCUCGCAAGAUCUGUCCCCUGCAGCAACAGGGCGAGCAGAAAUCCAUGGCAGGACCCUUUGGACGUCUUGGAUUCACCACCCUUCGGUUGCAGAGCGUCCAGGUGGUGAACCACAACACCAAGCGCCUACUCUUCGAACUUCCUGAGUCGAGUUCGCUAGCUCGGUUGCCCUUGACCUCCUUCAUCCUCACUUUCCACAAGCCAGCGGGAAGCAUAUUCCCCGUCAUCAGGCCCUAUACACCAAUUAACCGCCAAGAUGAUACGGGCCACAUCGAGUUUCUCGUGAAGAAGUAUCCCAACGGAAGAGCCAGCGGCCACAUGCACUCGCUUAAACCUGGCGACUCUCUAUCCGUCGCAGGCCCCAUGCGCGGAUACUCCUGGAGAGUCAACGAGUGCGACCAAGUCAACCUAAUCGCCGGUGGUGCCGGCAUCACGCCUAUCUACCAGCUGCUGCAAGGUAUCUUGAACAACGAGGAGGAGAAAACCAAAGUGAAGCUCAUCUUCGGCGUCAACACCGACCAGGAUGUCCUCCUGAAAGAUGAGCUUGAUGCCUUUGAGCGUCGAUUCCCUGAUCGCUUCAAGGUCGUGUACACCAUUUCGAAACCUUCCGGAAACUCGCCGUUCAGGCAAGGCCGCGUGACGAAGGAGCUUCUGAAGGAGGAGCUUGUUGAGAAUGGAAAGGUUUUCGUUUGCGGACCGCCCGCUAUGGAAGCGUCGUUGAUGGGGACCAGAGGCCGUCCCCCUGACAUCCUCUCCGCCAUUCUGUCUCAUCGUGUAUUCUACGGAGCUUUCAAGCAGCACCAGAAAUCGAUCAUAUCGGACCUUGUCAAGAAUAUGAUUCCACCGAGCUUGUUAGCGUACGCCCUGCUACUUCUUUAUUCCUCCAAAAUCAAGCCCCAUGACGCCGAUGGAGUCACAGCAUUUCUAGGGCAAUACCGAAAAGGAAUGUCCAGCACUGAAGUGACAUGCCGUCUCUCGAAUCUCUCCCACUCCGAUGUCUCUAUCAUCAUCAAGAACUGGGCAGCAGCUCAGGCUCUCUGCAAACUUUAUGCCACGGAAGCCCUCCGAGAACUAGAGGAUAGGACAGGGAUCAAGCAUAGCGGAACACUGUCCACAAACGAAGAGAAGCGGAUUUACCGUGCCAUUUUCCGAUACCAAAUCUUGUGGAACCUAUGUGAUAGCCAAACGCCCCACGAAGCGGCGUUUGAAGAGCCAAUCGAUGCUUUCUUUGCCACUCAUUCACCUUGGGUGAACAAGCAGCUGAGCCAUUUCUUCUACUUCAUAGAGGUAAAGACACACGACGCAUUUAUGGAGAUGGCAACUUACGACAUAAAUUGGGCCGGCUGCUUCGAUUGGAUUCCCGGUCCGGCGGGAGUCAACGACUUUCCAGAUCUUAAACGAGGCACGGACCUGUCCUUCCUCGUAAAGUUGUGCGAAGCGAAGUCUUACAGCGAGUGGAGAACCCUCAUUCAACCUGGUUCCUCUCCGGCAGCGACCACGAUGAAAAGGGGAAGAUGCAUGACAUUCAUGUCCUCCGCUCCUCCCCUUUCCUACUACGCAUCUCACCAGUCGCCUACUGACGAUCAAACCACCGCCGAGAAUGAGGAACCUCUACUGGAAGACUUCAGCGGCGUGGAAUUCCCGAAGGACGACUUCGACGACAGAGUUGGCUCGAGAGCAUUUGACAUCUGGCACCGAGGGCGUCUCCACGUCAAUCCGGGCACAGGCAUAAUAAGGCAUGUGUACGACCAUAAGUAUCAAGGAUUCGGCUACGUUAUGUGGGACUACGAAGGGCUCGAGACCAGUGCAGUGCAUGAAAAGAUUAUAACAGCGAAGCCUCCUCUUGUCCCCCAUUUUACCAGCUCGUUUCAACGCAGGCUUCAGCUUGUCCACGAUACUCUCCAGGAGAGACGCGAUAUUCUGCGCUUAGGCGGUCGUGGGUAUUGGAAGGAUAGGGAUUUUAGCAGGGUUGAUGGACUAUCUGAAGAGGACAUCUCGUUCUUGGAAGAGGUGUGGGAGGACCGCAAAAGACAGAGUCUUGACUAG